AGGGGCGGAGCCACCCCGAAAGGAUGGGCCUUACUUGGGCCGUCAGAUCUGGUGGGGCUGCCGCCCUGGGAAGAGCCCCAGAAUGAGGAGGCGGCGAAGCCAGGUAGUGGAGAAGCAGCAGCACAACUGACUCCAGGCCGUGAGCCCCAGGGGUCGAAGACCAGGAGGCCGCAUCCAAAACCAGAUCUGAAGAGCCAACCAAAGCUUGGGUACUCCGCCAGAGGAAAGGGUUAAACGGUUUCCCAGGUAACGGACCAGGAAGCGCGCAAGACGUCAGCCGCAGAUGUUUUAUGGAUUAACUCUUCAUUGAUUGCUUACAAUAGCAAUAUAGUUAUGGCGACUUUCCAGACUUCCCGAAACAGUCACAAGAAGACUAGACCAUCUGUCAGAAAAAGCUUCAGUGAAGAUGUGUUCCAGUCUGUAAAGUCUUUAUUACAGAGUGAGAAGGAACUAUGCAGUGUAUCAGCAGAGGACUGUAUAAAGCAGGAAGAUCAUACCAACUUGACUGAGGUCACUUUUCUAGGUUUUAAUGAAGAAACAGAUGCUGCUCAUAUACAGGAUUUAUCUGCAGUUUCUUUGGAACUUCCAGCUCUUCUGAAUUCACUUCACUUCUGCAGUCUAAAUGAAAAUGAAAUUAUUUGUAUGAAGGAUAUAAAUAAAUCAGAUAUAAACAGUGACCCUCUAAACCAGAAUCAUCAUUCUGGAAUGCUUUGUGUCAUGAGAGUGUCACCUGUAUUACCAAGACUCAGAGUUGAUUUUAUCUUUAGUCUCCUAAGUAAAUAUGCUACUGGUAUCAGAUACACCCUGGACUCAUAUUUGCAUCAGAAGCACCAUCUUGAGACCACUAAUGAAGAUGAUGACGAUACUAACCAGUCUGUGUCUUCCAUAGAGGAUGACUUUGUCACUGCUUUUGAGCAGUUAGAAGAAGAAGCUUCAAAGCCAUAUAACGAGGGAAUAGACAUUACUGCACCAAGGAACCAGUGUGACGCUGCUUCACAGACUACUUCUGUUCACCCUUUAGAAACCCGUGAUUUAAGGAUUCUGGUUAGCUCUGGUCAGCAGAAGUCAUUGCCUAAACCUUCGACAUCCUUAAUAAAUAUUCUGGGACACAAAGAGCUACCUUCUGUGAAAACUUCAGUCACAACGUCAAUUUCUGAGCCUUGGGUACAAAGGAGUUUCUAUAGGUCAUCUAAUGCUUCAGAUAAAGGUAGUGAUACACAGAAAACGUUCUUUUCCUCUUCACCUGCCUACUCAUCUGAAUCAGAAUGUUCAAGUCCAAGUCCUGUUAUUUUCUUGGAUGAAGAGGGUUAUCAAAAAAGUUUAAAAGCAAAGCUUGAGCUACCUAAAAUUCCUGUGAUGAAAGAUGAUAUAGAGAAUUCAGACUCAGAAGUCAGUGAAUUUUUUGAUAGUUUUGAUCAGUUUGAUGAAUUAGAACAAACUGUAGCGGCAUCUUGUCAAUUUCCAAAAGAUCCUGUCAUAGGGAAACAAUCGCAAAAGAAAGGACACAAACAUGAAAACUCUCGUUCUGUAACCACUACUAUGAAUCCUCAGAAAUUCAAGUUUGAUCGUCCAGCUCUCCCAGCUAAUGUUAGGAAGCCAACUCCUCGUAAACCAGAAUCCCCUUACAGUAACCUGUGUGAUGCUCCAGAUUCUCCCCGCCCAGUGAAGGCAUCAGGGGAAGACAGUGGUUUGUUUAGCCCUAUCCGAUCCUCUGCUUUUAGUCCUCUUGGAGGCUGCACUCCUGCUGAAUGCUUUUGCCAAACAGAUAUCGUAGGAGAUAGAAUUCAUGAAAAUCACAAUUCUCUUUAUUACACCUAUGAAGAUUAUGCAAAUCUCCUUUCAUGUGAAGUACUGGGCUCGGUUCUUCAUACCCAGCAUAGUAACAUAAUAGUGAAUACUAACAGUAUUAAAAAAGAAGAAAAUAAAACUGUAGCUCUUAAAUGUGGAAGCCUUGAUCCAAAAAGUAAGUCUAAAAAUAAAUCCUUAAUGAUUAAAGAUAGCAUACAGAAAUUUGCAGCAGAUCUUGUGGAAAAAAGUUUUGGUAGUGCAUUCAAAGACUUACAGAAAGGGGUCUCUUCUUGUACCAAUGCAUUGUGUCACUUAGCCAUCAAAUUGACAUCAUCCGUUCUUCAGAUGGCAUUUAAUGAAUUGAGACGACAGCGUGCAUUUUCACUGAAAGAACGUGCCAUUAGUGGUCUGGCUAAUUUUUUGGUGACUGAAGCUCUGUCAAAUGCUUUACAAGAUCUACAGUAUGUAAAGAAGCAGAUAUUUACCAAUACAGUGGCUGCAUUUGCUGCAGAUCUUGCUGAAGAGCUUGUUUUCGAAGGUAUCAUGGAAGUGUGCCAGUUUUCAUACCCUCCAACACCUGCGUCUCCAAAGGGUCAGUCAUUUGACUAUGAAGACAAGGUUGUGAAAUCAUAUGCAAAAGAUUUAUCUGAAUCUGUAAUACAGGAAGCAUUCAUUGAACUGUCACAGGUUGAUGUGUCCUUCACAACGGAGGCUGCAGUUAGUGUUUCUACAGAUAACAUAAAUUAUGUGAGUGCAGAAAAUGUAGUACCAUCAACACAGACCUUCACAUUUUCCCCUGCUUUCAACAAUCAGACAAUUAUGUUGACAAAACCCACGCAGGAAUAUAAGAAAGAAUACACAGUGCAACAAGCCUUGUUUUGUACUUCGGGAAUUGUUACUUCUAUACCCGUGCCCUUGGCAGGAAGUGCCCUUCUUCCAUCUCAUAUUUCCUCUCAUAUACAUCAGGCAAAGUCUCAUGUGUCAUCUGUUGAUAGUAAUUCAAAUAGUGAUUCUAUCCAAGAAUCACUUGUUGCUACAAAAAACAAAGAAGAACUAGCUUGUCUCAGAAAUAUUUGUUUGCCUUCAGAACAUAGCCCAGGUAACCAGAGUGAUUUUAAACCAGCUAGUGGUGGUAUUGACAUAGAAAACUCUUCAAAAUUAACAAGUGAUCCGGUAAUUAUUAGCAAUUUUUCUGCAGCAAUGGUGCAUGCAAUUGUAAAUGAAACUUUACAGCCACCGACGUCAUUCAAAGUCACAGAACCAGUCGAUGAACACACAGAUUGUUCAGUUAACAGAGUAAAUGGAAACACCCCCCAUCUUCCCUUUGAUCAAGGAACACUGCAGAGGCGUGAAGCUAGCAAUAAGUACAUGUUUGCUGAUCAGUUAUCGAAGUCUAUUAUUAAACAUUCCAUAGAUAAAAGCAAAACAGCGAUCUCAAAUGUAGAUAAAAAUGCAGUACACAAGGAAGGCUUACCUAUUACUGGAGAAGAGUCACAACUGACCUUGGAAAAAUUCCCCAAAUUUCUUAAUGCUCAGGAUCACUUAACUCACUGUUCACUUUCAGUAGGAAAGAACUGUGUUCCAGAAUGUAAAGGUUCUGUGACUCAUGGAUUUUCUUUAGAGACAGGUGCAAUUAUGGUAGGUCAAAAACCUGAUUUGAAGGAACUUGCAAAGAAAAAAUCAGUGAAAAAGACUGAUUUGAAUAAUACAGCACUUGAGCCCCUGUCAUUGGGGCAGGAAAACCCCUUUCCUGCUUCACAUACAUUCUCAUCUACAGUGCUUACGUGUGUGGAUGGUUUACAUGUAGAAGACAAGCAGAAGAUCAGAGAUGGAAAUAUAAUACCUGAUACUCCUCCAUCGACUCCUCUCCUACCAUCCCAGGCAAAUUCUGAAUGGGAUAUCAAGAAGUUAACUAAAAAGCUCAAGGGGGAAUUAGCCAAAGAAUUUGCACCUGCUACGCCACCUUCUACACCUCACAACUCGUCUGUUGGUAGUUUGUCUGAAAGUGAACAAAAUACUAUAGAGAAAGAAGAGUUUAUGUUGAAACUGAUGAGAUCCCUUUCAGAAGAAGUUGAAAGUAGUGAAGGUGAAGAGCAUCCAGAAGUGGAUGUGAAGGCCCAGUACUCAGGGAAGAAAGUUCAGUUUGCAGAUGCCUUAGCUACACACAUCCUUUCUCUUGCAACUGAAAUGGCAGCUUCCCAUUUAGAUAAUAAAAUAACCCAAGAACCCAAGGUUAAAAGCCCGUCCUUAAAUGUACAAAACUCAAGAAGUGUAUUGCCUACUUUUCUAAAUCACUCAAAUGAAACUUUGCUACCGUUACAGAAUUUUGCAGGUGAUAUGGCCUCAGAAGUCAUUACAGAAGCCGAGAAAAUAGCAAACAUUAGAAGUUGUAUGCUUUUCAGGCAGAAGAGGAACAGCUGUUAUGGUGAGGGGGACCGAGCUGUAUCAGAAGAGAAGUUGGAUACAGAGGCUGUGGCAUACUCACAAGAAGUGGAUUCAUUUAUUCUUUCAUUACCACCAAGUUCUUGUAUGUCAGGCCUGACAUACAAGUAUCCUAGCUGUGAAAGUGUGACAGAUGAAUACGCAGGUCACAUUAUCCAAAUACUAAAACAGGAAGGUGGUAAUAAUGAGUUAAUAAUGGAUCAGUAUGCUAAUAGGCUUGCUUAUCGAUCUCUUAAAUCAGGACUACAGGAAGCAGCUAAGUCAGCCAAAAUGAAGUGCAACUCAAAAAUGUCCCCUGUGCAAAACUCACGGGCAAAAACUAACAGUGAACUGUUAAUGUUCCUAAAUAAAGAACACCACCAAGAAAUAGAGAAAAAAAGGCAAAGUAAAAGAAGUGGAGGUUGCCUUUAUAAAAAUCAGACUUGUGAAUGGACCCAGGAUACAUAUAGAAAAGAGUGUUCUGAACUAUCCAAUUUUUCCACCUCUCUGGCUCACAGCAUUACAAAAGAUGUUGAAAAAGAGCUGACAGUAUCUGCAGUUGGCUUGCCAAAGUCCCUACCAGAUUCUUGCCUUUAUGAAAAAGCUGGAGGUGAAGAAGAUACCAAGACUCAUGUUGAGCCAGAAUUUGCUCAGUCUCUUCAGCCUUCCUCACAAAAUCACAGGUUUUAUCACAGUACAGGCAACUUAAAUGGGUAUGGCUAUGAAGAGAAUGUUGUUCAAGCAAUUGAGCAGUAUGCUAAAAAAGUAGUGGAUCACACUUUAGAAUUAAGUUUAGGAUCUGCAUUUUUUCAAGUGUCUGGGUCCACAAAAGCAGCAGAAAGGAUCACUUAUGCAGAAAAAUUAUCACCUCUCACAAGUCAGACCUGCAGAUAUUGUGACCGUAAAGAACUCCAUGAUUGCACUGGAAAUUCAUCUCCACAAUUUUUCAGACAGGAUUCACUUUCUAAUAGUAGGCUAGUCUCUAAUUCAAAAUUUAGCAACGUCUACCAGAAAUCUAGAAUUUUUCAUCUUGAUGUCCCUCAAAUUCAUGUUGAUCUUGAUAAGAAGACUGUGCUUGCAGAGAAGAUAGUUGCUGAAGCUAUUGAAAAAGCAGAGCGAGAGCUGAGCAAUACCAGUUUGGCAGCUGAUAGUGGAAUUGGACAGGAUGGCCUUAGCUUUGCUGAAAGCCUUAGCGCAGAAAUAGUGACCUCUGCAAUGACAAAUGUUGGACAUGCUGCUAGCAGCCCUUUGAGGGAAGGUAUUAACCAUUUACCAAGCUGGAAGAUGAGGCUUAGAGAAGAUAAUCACCUUGCCCGAGUUCACAAAGCUAUGACUCCAAAAGGAACAGAAGACUUCCAGUCACCUGAGUCGCUUGGAAGUCAGCAGAUGAACCUCAGUAUUGGUGAUGACAGCACUGGUAGCUGGUCUAAUUUAAGUUUUGAAGAUGAACACCAGGAUGAAAGCAGCAGUUUUCAUCAUCUGAGUGAAAGUAAUGGUAACAGCAGUAGCUGGAGCAGUCUUGGUUUAGAAGGAGAUUUGUAUGAGGACAAUUUAUCCUUUCCAACAUCAGACAGUGAUGAGCCUGAUGAUAAAGAUGAAGAGGAUGAGGAUGAUGGAGAAGGUUUGGAGCAAGAUGGGAAGACUCUACUAAUUACAAAUAUUGACAUGGAGCCGUGCACAGUGGACCCCCAACUAAGGAUCAUUCUUCAGUGGCUCAUUGCCUCUGAGGCUGAAGUUGCAGAACUUUAUUUUCAUGACUCAGCAAAGAAAGAGUUUAUACUACUUUCAAAGCAGUUACAAGAAAAAGGAUGGAAAGUGGGCGACCUCCUCCAGGCUGUGCUGAAAUACUAUGAAGUGAUGGAGAAAACUUCCAGUGAGGAGAGGUGCAAGUCACUAUUUGACUGGCUCUUGGAAAAUGCAUAGAACCAACUCCAGUCCAGUAUCUUAUUGUUUGGGGGGAUGGGAAGAAAGAUAAAGAUGGAUAGGGAACACUUUGAAUAGUGAGUAUUAACAUUUAAAAUGAAUUGGGAGGAAAAUGAAGUGCAUUGUGUCAUCACGCAGUGUAUAUAGUGCACACUUUUGUAAUCUCUGUCAAAAUAAUUUUCUUUGUUUAUCCUUCUGUACACUUGUGUCCUGUGUUAAGAUCCUAAGAACAGGUGUAUGAAGGAGGGCGUGACCAUGAGGUUUUCAGGGACAUUGACUGAUGGUGUUCUUUUCUGUAUUUGAAUAGUGCUGCUGGGAACUGCACUGAGGUGACUGAGGAUAGGUUCCAGGGAUAGUUAAUAAUUUUGCUUCUUUGCAAACAGAUGAUAUCCUGUUAAUCACUAAUUUGACAUUAAAAAACAGCAUUGAAGUUAACUUUUUUUCUGAUAGUUUUUUUGGUCUUACUUUUAAGGUCAGUUGUUUUUAUUUUUAAAUAGCUCAUCUAUUGGUAGCCUUUUGACUUCCCAAACCAUUUAAUUUUUUAGAAGCAGAUUUAUAUAAAUACCACAAAUGAUACUUUCCCCAGUCUUUCCUAAAAAGACAUUAUUUGCCAGUGUUGCCAAUGGUUCUGGCAUGAAAAUGUAUGUGUGUGUAAAGAAGUUCUUUAACCUUGUUAGUGAUUUGUGCCCUCUACUGUUUUCUUGCUUAGAAACCCACUGUUAACAUUUAAAAAGGUGCUUUAAAAUAAAAUGUCUAUAAUGAUUGUGCAUUAAGAAUUUUCUUUCUCAUUUUGACUAUCUUGGGCCCCCAACUUACCCUGUAAAUGAAAAUAAAGGUGUAAAACAUGUUGAAAUUAAAAAAAAGUAAUGUGAAUAUGGGAAUUUAUUUAGAGAAGCCCAAUAAUGGUUUUAAUUGUUGGAUUUUUUUUUUUAAGUGGAAAGCUUAUCCGCUUUAGCAAGGAUAAGCUUUUUGUAGACUUAGAAAAGUAAUUUCCCCACUCCCAAUGAAAUAUAUCUCACUAUUUUGUAAAGUUCUCUGCCAUGAUCUUCCUGUGCUCUGCAUUUCCUACUACUUUAUCUUCAGAAACUGCAAGUUAACUUGAAUAGAGGGACUAAGCUUGUGUCUUGAUUUUUGGAUGUGAGAGUAUGUGUGUUUGAAGUUUUGAUUCUUCUGCUAGUAGUGGAUUUGUACUCUAGGUUAAAUCACUUUUUUGUUGGGGUCUUUGGUUUUGCUCCAUUACAUUUUCUUUUCUCUUGAGCAUUGACUACGCUGGAAGCGAUACAUAUAGAAGACAUUGGCUAAGGGGCAAGGAAUAAGGGCAUUUACAUUAUUUUAAGUUCAUAAUUAUGGUAGAAAAAUUAUUUUAUUGUGAAGGGUUCAAUUUGCAUUUUAAGAAAAAACAUCAAAAGCUAUUUAAAUAUUUUGAGCUUACAUUUGUUUUUUUCCUCAAAUUUAAGAUAAUGAAAUAGAGCAAGCCUUAAAAAUUAAUUUUCCUUAAGUUUCUUCAAGUAUUUUUUAAGAUAGAGAAAUAUAGGAAAUGUAGGACCAGAAUUGUUUCUUUUUAUUUUAACUUUUACAACCUGAGGUGCAGCAGCACUAAACAGGAUUGUUAAUUAUAACGCGGAUUAGAAGAUUAUUAAGUUUAGUUUCAGUUUUUGCAAGUAUAUAAUUAUCAAAUUGUGUUUAGUAACUUGGAUGUAUGUACCUGUUUGAUUAACAGCAAACUGAGUUCUGGAUUUCUUUUAAAACUAAAGUGACUAUAUUAGUCUUGUAAAGCUUUCUGUGUUUGAAAAUAUUUAUGUUUAUUUCUCUUAUGGUAAUAAUCACUCUGAGUUAAGAUUUUCCUUAUAUCUUUGUUUCCUUUGCAUUUUUCUGGAGACAUGCUGGGUUUAGAGUUCCAUUAUUUACCCAUUACAUAAUGACAGAUCAGUCAAUAGGUAUGAGCAUGCAUAGAAAUAAUUACAGUGGAACUCCACACUUGUAUCCAUUCAGUAAAAGGCCCAGAGAAAAAUAUCAAGUAUUGGCAGAAAUGAAAAAAAGCAUGAGUUAAAUUUCCUUAUAUAAAGAGAAAUGUUGUUUUUAGAGCUAGCAGUAUCUUUUAAUCAAGUACAGUCUAAACUUAACUUUCUUUAAAGGCACUUUGUGAUUUUCCAAAGAUGUUGUAGAUCUGCUUGAUUGCUCAAUCAUCAGAACAACUCUGUUGAGAACAGCUCUCACUGUCUUUAUUACAAAUCUACUUGACAUUUAUAUUAUAACAUUUAAUAUUGCCAUUGUGCAUUUUGUCCUUGGGAAUAUCAUGUCUUAUUCAGAAUUGUGUAUUGAGCUGAAUUCUCUCUUUAUCAGUUUCAGAACCAUCAAAUAAUCUGUGGAAAGAAAGUAAAUGAGGCCCCUAGAGGGCAGGGGGGGAUGUGUAGAACAUUAUUUCAGAUUGAAAUACAGCAAUUACUUCAUACUCUUCUUUUCCCAAGCCAAAUUUAAAUGACAUUUUAUAUUUUAGGUAUCAUUAAUGUUGAUCUUGAUAAUAUAUUCUGAUUUAUUAAAAAAAACUCAUUUAUAAAUCUAGAAGAAAAUGACAGUAUCUGUUGGAUGGUUUGAUAUAGUUUAAUGGAAUAAUAAAACCUUUGAGAGUAUUCACUCAGUGUAUAUGUGUGAUAACAUCUUUAUACAUUGAGGAAUGUUCCAGUUACCCUUUCUGAAAUAAUUAAUUCAAUUUAUAGUCCUUUCACUUUGCUUAAACAAGGGUUUUAAGCGGGUAGGAGAAUUUACUUAUUGAAUGUACCAUUGAUAAAGUGAAAGAUCAUUUAACCACUUGAUUUUGACACUGUGUAUAGCCUUCAAAUGCAAAGUUUAACCUUGACUCAUCACAGUCCAGACUCAACUGUCAGCUUAGUUAAUUAUUUAACUUUCUUCCCCAAGUAAUAUUGUGUUUCCCAUAAGUAUAUUGUUUUAAAUUUUAUGUUUUUCAUAAGAAACAACCCAUAGAGUUUUUUUUUUUUUAAUCAAGGUAUCCAUACUCAGGGUGUAGGGAAAGUAUUUUCCAUUUGAAACCCUGUCCACCUGUCACCAGCACAAGAGAAUUAGAGCUUCAGUGAGGAUUAUAAAAUUGUGCUAACAUGAAAUGCUUUUUUCUCCUCAUUUUUAUCAAAAGACCCUGGCGCACAUUUACUCAUUUACUGUAUUCCUGCUCUGAAAAUGCAGAUACAGUGUUAGUCACUCUUGUCACUUUAUUUAUUUAUUGUUUUUUACCGUUCAUAUACAUUCCUUUCACAUGAAUAGAGUUGUAAUUCUAGAAGUUCAUUGUUUUGUUGUAAUGUUUGAAUAAUAUUUAAUAUCACAUUUUAAUAUUGCUGGAUUUGCUACCUUUGGUUACUUGUGCAGUAUUAAAAAUAUUCAUAUUCUUGUUUAAUAUACCAGAUAUAUAGGAAAAGCAUCUUUGAAUAAUUGUAACUGUUUAUUUGACUGUGCUGAACUAUUACAUUAAAAUCUUGUAGAAUAGUAACUUUUUUUUUUGCUUUUCGGUAAUUUAUUAUGUUUAAUUACCAAAAUAUGAACUUCAGGAUGCGCUAAAAUUUUGUUUUAGUGGUGGCUCAAAAUAAACAUUUCAGAAAUUGCUUUUGUAAUAAUUUGCUAUUAAUUGUUCUUUUAUCUUUUAUCAAUUGUUUAAUUCUGUGAUCUUUCCUCUCCCAACAAAGAAUCCUCCAAUAAACUUAAGAGAUGCCUGGCCUUGGUUUUCAGUCUGUGA